AUGACUCGUUUCGGAUUUCUCUCUCUGGCUCUCCUCUCACUCCAGGCCUUCGUCGGCACCGGCUUCGCUGCUGAUGCUGAGACUGUCGCGGAAACUGAGGUCGCCAACCUUGCUGUCACGGCUGAGGCUUCUUUCCCCGCCUCUGAGAUCUUUGGCGUCAAGCUCAUCAAUGGUCGUCCGACCGAAGCGCUAAUCUCCGUCACCAACGACGAGGCAAACCCCGUCACCGUGAACUUCCUCGGAGGUAGCCUGUGGAAUCUUGAGGAGGACAGCAAGGUCGUCCGCAACCUGACUGCCACUCGCUAUGGCGUCGAGAUUCCUGCUGGUUCGAAGGAGACCAUCCCGUACAGCUUCGCGACCGAGAUGCAUCCCCAGGAUAUUCGUCUGAACAUUGCCGCCAUUCUAUCGGACAGCGAGGGCAAGUUCUUCACCGUUCAGGCCUUCAAUGGCACAGUGAGCGUCGUGGAGCCCGAGACUAGCAUCUUCGAUCCCCAAAUCAUCUUCCUCUACUUCUUCCUCCUGGCUUGCUUUGGUGGUACCGUCUACUUUACCUACAACGUCUGGGUCGCUCCCUACUUCCCUCAGAAGCGUAAGAGUGGCAAGACUGGUGAGAAGCGUGCCGCUGGCAGCGCGAAGCGUCCCGAGACACCCGUUGUUGAGGAGACCCCCAACCCCGCCGUCGCCUCCGCUACAACCUACAAUGCCGACUGGAUCCCCUCCCACCACAUCAACCGCCCCGAGGCGCGCAAGGUCAAGGGCAGCAAGAAGCCCCGCGUGUAA